CCUAUUUGAUUAUACAAAAGUAUUAUAUAAACAUAUAUAAGGAUAACCCAUUUGAUUGAACAACACUAUUGUUCUUUUCUUCUCCAUGAAGAACAAAACAUCAUACACAUUCCUUAACUUCCCUUUUCUCUUUUCCACCCACGUUCACUAUUUAAACAAAUGCCAGGAAAGCUUCUAUUCACAGAUAUUUCUCUGGAAAUGAACAACUUCGAAAGAUUCCCUGUUCGCACCGGCCAGGAACCUCCGGCCAUAAAGCGCCACCACACCCCUCGCUACUAUGCUCACCGAGUCCGUGAAAGCCUCACCACCCGCGUCUCCAAGCUUAUAUGUGCUAUUUUCUUGAUCAUUCUUCUAGUCGUUGGCAUUGUUUUUUUCAUUCUAUGGCUUAGCUUACGCCCGCAUCGGCCUCGGAUCUUCAUCCAGGAUUUUUCUGUUCCAGGUUUGGGUCAACCCAACGGGUUUGAGAAUGCCCUGAUAACCUUCAAUGUAACGGCCCGGAAUUCGAACCAGCACAUCGGAUUUCAUUACGAUAACGUGGAAGGUUCGGUUUACUACAAGGAUCAACGGAUCGGGUAUAUUCCGUUGUUGGACCCGUUUUAUCAAGAGCCCAAGAAUACUACGAUUAUGUAUGGAGUCUUAAGUGGGGCCACCCUGACGGUGAAUAGCCAGCGUUGGAUGGAGUUCUUGAAUGAUCGCACGCAAGGGACGGUGAUCUUUCGUUUAGAUAUAACAUCGAACAUUCAAUUUAAGGUGUCCACGUGGGAUAGCAAGCGCCAUCGGAUGCACGCCAGCUGUGCUGUCGGUGUGGGCACGGACGGCUCGAUCUUGGCUAGUUACAGGAAUAAAAGGUGUCCAGUGUAUUUCACUUGAUAGACUUCAUGCACCUUAAAAUGUAUAUUGUUAUGAAGUUCUAAUUUCCAUGUAAUUUCAGCUUAAUUUGGUAUUAUUUAGCAUUCUAAUUGUGGGCUAUCAUUUUUUCUCUA